AUGCAUGGAACCUGGGUACGAAAUUCCUGGGUGCCAACCUGCCUAUGGCAACCUAGAAUUCUCCAGGGCAGGCUCGCAAAAUCUUCACCUACUCUCUGGGACAGUACUUUGCAAGAACAGAAGGGGGAAUUACGAAAGCGUCUAUCGUACACUACCCAUAAACUGGAAAUGCUUGAAACAGAAUUUGAUUCUACACGUCAGUAUCUUGAAAUAGAAUUGAGACGUGCUCAGGAGGAACUUGAAAAAGUAACUGAAAAACUGAGAAGGAUACAAAACAAUUACCUAGCCUUACAAAGAAUUAAUCAGGAUCUGGAGGAUAAACUUUACAGAAUGGGUCAACAUUACGAAGAGGAAAAACGGGCUUUGAGUCAUGAAAUAAUUGCACUCAAUAAUCACUUAAUAGAGGCCAAGGUGACAAUAGAUAAGUUGUCAGAAGACAAUGAGCUCUAUAGGAAGGACUGCAAUUUAGCUGCUCAGUUGCUCCAGUGCAGCAAGAAUUACGACAGGGCACAUAAACUUUCAGAGAAAUGCACACAGAUUGUGACCAUCACAUUAGUCAAAGAACCAUAUACCCUGCCAUCUGACUUUCAGGAAAGAGUCAGCAUCCAUCUGGAAAAACAUGGGUGUAGCCUUUCUGUCCCCUUGUGUCACACAUCUUAUGCUGAUUCUAUACCCACUUGUGUCAUUGCCAAAGUACUGGAAAAACCAGAUCCAAACUGCUUGUCUUCGCACUUAUCAAGCCCAUCUACAAGGGAUCUCAAUUUUCAGGACUCUGAAGGAAAACUCGGACAAAGACCCCAGUACAAGUCAGACAUUUACUGCAGUGACACUGCCCUUUACUGCCCUGAGGAGCGGAGGAGGGAGAGAAGGCAGAGUGUGGACACACAAGCGAAAGACAUGGGGUUCCUGAGGUCCCAGAACUCCACAGACAGCACCGUUGAGGAAGAUGGUUUCCAUUCCAGCUUCUCUCAUGAAGCCUUCCCAGAGUACAUUACCUCUCUGCCGACCUCUAGCUCCUAUUCCAGCUUCAGUGUCACAUCCGAGGAGAAGGAGAAUGCCCAAGCCAACACACUGACAGCCUCUCAGCAAGCAAUCUACAUGAGCAACCGAGAUGAACUAUUUGAAAGAAAGUCACCUGCAGGUUACGAGCAUCAGGGAAGUCCUAGGUUUGCCAAGUCCAAACCUGCACAGCACAUGGAGCUUACCACUGACGACAAUGAGAACUCACCCACUUUUACUAGGACUCUGCCUCCGUAUGCAAAUGAACCUUUUCAUUUCUCAGCCAUAACACCACAGCAGGCUUUAGCGAAUCAGAAAAUGAGGAAUGAGUGCAGGAACCUUUCAGAAGAAGAUUUGCCUGGGCGAUGGAGGCAGUUGAGUGUGGAAGAUAUUGGUGCAUACUCUUACAGGAACACAGACAGACUGUCACCCUGUAGUUUUUCCGAGCAGUACUACAGCAGCCCUAUUAAGAAAGGAGACAGUCGAACAAGCCCCAUCUAUGCUAGUUAUAAAGCAGAUAGCUGCUCAGAGGGAGACGAUAUCUGCCAAAGCAGACUUGUGGAUUCUUGCUUUCUGAGAGCAGAGAGUGGCCUAAAUAUUGACAUCAGCACUAGCUGUAAACAGGACAAACUGCCCACUUACAAAACAAAAGAAUCAAGAGACCAAAAAAAUGAAAGGAUCACCGUCCAGUUAUGUAGUAGCAAAAACAUUGAAAAUAGCCCAGUACUGAAAAGAGAAUAUGUGGAUGUGAGCCCCAACAGCUCAGCAGAAUCCCUCAAUCAGAGUUCAGUGGAGGCUUCAGAAAUCCACCAGUCUUCCAUGGAGCAAGGGAGCCAUUCAGGUAUUCACAGCAAGCAGCAGCAGUUUCAGCGGACUGGGAGUACUGGUUUGACUCGGAAGGACAGCCUUACAAAAGCACAAUUAUACGGAACCCUUCUGAACUAAGUGUCUUCCAAAUCGGCAA